UGUCACUCUAAUAGUUCCGCUUUACGCUUCCGGUUAGGCGGAUCUCUUCGCUUUGCGCUCGUCUGGUUUACUAUUCUUUAUAUUUAUUGUUAUCUUCUCUUUAGUGGUUUAAUAUUCUCUCUUUAGUGGAUCCAUUAUCAGUGAAGCAUGGUGGUCGGGGGAUUAGUUGGUGUUGUGCCAUCCCGCUGGGUUCCCUGUUCGAGUCCCGACCAUGGAGUAUGAAGCGAACAGCCAGCAGGACUACAUCAAGAUGGUGACCGACAUGAUCAUCCUCUGCGCCACCCUCUCCCUAAGCCUCUGCUUCUGGGUCCUGUCAAUCAUCAUCAGCUCCUACUCCGGGACUCUGUCUCCCGUGUCGCCGUGGCGAUGGCUGCUGUCCCUCCUGGUCCCACUGGUGCUGGCUAUCAGGGCCGUGAAGAGGCGGAGCUUAGACUGGACCGGAGCGCUGGGAGCGGUGCUGGUGGGCUUCGUGCUGUGCAUGGCCAACCUCAGCUUCUUCGUCUCGCUGCUCUUCUUCUUCUACUCUUCGUCUCGGCUCAGCCGCUGGGGAGGCGGAGUCAAGAGCAAGAUCGACGCCAACUACAAGGAGGGAGGUCAGAGGAACUGGGUGCAGGUGUUUUGUAACGGAGGCGUUCCCACAGAGCUCGCUCUGCUCUACAUGAUCGAGGCGGGUCCCGGGGAGCUCCCUGUGGACUUCAAUCAGCACUACUCAGCCUCCUGGAUGAGUCUGGCCCUGCUGGGGGCCCUGGCCUGCAGCACCGGGGACACCUGGGCCUCGGAGGUCGGGCCCGUCCUGAGCCAAUCACGGCCCAGACUCAUCACCACCUGGGAGGAGGUGCCCGCAGGUACUAACGGAGGCGUGACCUCCGUGGGAUUGUUUGCCAGCUUCCUUGGUGGCCUCGCUGUGGGUGCGGCUUACUUUGUUAGCCAGCUGCUUUUUGUCAACGACUUGAACCUGGCCAAUCCACAGUGGCCAAUCAUAUUGUACGGGGGCGUGGCCGGUUUAUUGGGAUCCCUUCUGGACUCCUUCCUGGGAGCCAACAUGCAGUAUUCAGGUUUCGACAGCAGCGUGGGGAAGGUGGUGAGCUACGAGUCGAUGACCACCCGACAUAUCAGUGGGAAACCCGUCCUGGACAACAACGCCGUCAACCUGUUCUCCUCCCUGCUGGUCGCACUCAUCCUGCCAGGCCUGGCCUGGGGCGCCUGGCCGCAGUAGACCCAACCCACCACCAGCCUCCCCCUGUAGACCCCACCCUCCACCUCCACCACCACCACAACCACCCUCCCCGUGUAGACCCCACCCACAGCCUCUAGCCCCCCCAUCUAGGGCAUCUAUGGAGUCGUCCUGACCUUCUCUGAACCUCAGUGUCUUCUUGUGUGUAAUAUUAUCAUGAUGAUGAAUGUGAAAUGUAAUGUAACAUGCAUCUCAAAUUGAACACUAAAUUAAAAACCUUCAUUUUCCU